AAGUGUAUUACGCCGUAGUUUCCGUCCAGGCCAGAUCUUGGGAGGUAAUCAGUAAUGGAGAAGUACGACGAUCUUGGACUGGAGGCUUCCAAAUUUAUUGAAGACUUGAAUAUGUACGAAGCUUCUAAGGAUGGCUUGUUUCGGGUGGAUAGGGGGGCCGGGAAUACUCCAGAGUUUGAAGAGACUCGAAGAGUUUUUGCUCACAAAAUGAGCAAAAUACAUCACCAGAAACAGCAGGAUGUACAGAAUGGAGCUCUGUUGCAGGGGCAGUCAAAGCCACAGCUGCAGCCGGGAUGGGACAGGUUGCAACAAGGGGGCAUCAGAUCUGGCACAGAAGUAGCUGCAGCAAAACCACCCCUGGGCACAACUGGGUUUCCUUUUUCAGAUGGGUUAAAAUAUCGAGCAUCUCAAGAAGGAACAUCUGCUAGAAAAGUCAGCUAUGAGAAUCCAUACGAAAAUCUGGAGUCCCUGGGGAUGUCCAAGUCUGGUACUUACCAUCAUAAAGCAGGUGCAGUGGCAGACAGUCAUUCUCUUUAUGUAGUUACACCAGAUCAACAUAAUUCGUGCAUCCCACAGCAGUCAUCUUCCAUCCCCCAGUCCAACUGGGAAAUGGACACCCAGGAAAAAUACUGUACUUCAGGAGUUUUCACUGGCCACAGUGAUCAGGUGGUGCCCCAAAGUCCCACCAAAACACACGUAGAUCAGCAGUACAAACUCUCAUUAAACUCAUGGAUGGGUCCUGGGGGCUCUGGAACUGAACUACGAGUUCCUGUUGCAUUGCAGAGUACUUCAUCUCAAACAGGAUUGUUGGAACAAAAAAACACUGGACAGAGGUCAUCAUCCUUCUCACAGUCCUUGUCAUCUCUGUCUCCCAGUGCUGCCGGUGGAUUGGGUGAAAUGAAGCCAGGGCCUUCUCAUCUUCGAUCAUCAUCCUUUUCUGCUGCAUCUCACACUCAGGUAGAUCUGCCUGUAUUAUCAAGUCCAAACAGAUCAGAUCCAGCCUCAGUUUCAUCUGGACCCAGGGCCCGAGGCCGUAUACUUUCUGAUUCAGGAAGUAUUGAUCGACAGCCAUAUCAGCAACAGCAGUGUUCUUAUGAUGUGACAUGUACACAAUCUGGGGUUCCGAAUGAAUACAGAGAGCAUAGUAGAGAAAGACUGAACAGUCCAGCUAUACCUUCACAGCCCAAUGGCUUUAAGCAGAGCCAUGCCCCCUCUUUCCUUUCUGCAACUCCAGGUAUUGUUCAGAGCUGGGACCCAACUGUGUAUAAUGUAGAGAGCCAGCAUGUUGUGCCUGGACCCCAUCUCAGUCAUAGCAGCAGUUCCAGUCGACAGCAACCAGUAGAUUAUACCAUUGACGCUCUGCACUCUAACCCUGCCCCACUUAGCUCUAGCAGCAGCAGCACUUUAUCAAGAGAACAGUCACCCAGUAUGGCAGAAAGUGCCUCUUCCCAGCAGCAGGACUCUGGAUCUGGACGGGUGCGAUUGCCAUGCCAGCCUCUGCUUGGCCAGCAAGAAGGAGGUUUUUCAAAUGCUGAGCUAAAAUUAGAAGCAUUAACCCAGCGCCUGGAGCAAGAGAUGGAGGCAUCCCAUCCUAAGGCAGAGUACUUUGGUAAUGUGGCCUCUAAUAAAUAUGGAUAUGCCACCACAGUCUUCAUCGGGUCUAAAAGAGGAACGUGUGUGAAAUGCAGUAAGGGAGUAUAUGGAGCGAGCCAGGCGUGCCAGGCCAUGGGUCAUCUCUAUCAUGACAGCUGCUUCACCUGCAGCGCCUGCAGUAGAAAACUGAGAGAGAAGGCCUUCUACUUUGUGAAUGGUAAAGUGUUUUGCGAGGAGGAUUUCCUGUAUUCAGGUUUCCACCAGUCAGCGGACAAGUGUUUGGUCUGUGGACAUUUGAUAAUGGACAUGAUUGUGCAAGCCUUGGGCAGGUCCUAUCAUCCUGGAUGCUUCCGUUGUGUAAUCUGCAAUGAGUGCUUGGACGGUGUACCUUUCACUGUAGAUGGUGAUAAAAUCUACUGCGUCCGUGAUUACCACAAAGUCUUGGCGCCAAAAUGUGCAGCAUGUGGACAUCCAAUUCUGCCUUCCGAGGGAUGUGAUGAAACAAUCAGAGUUGUUUCCAUGGACAAAGACUACCAUAUUGAAUGUUACCACUGUGAGGACUGUGGAAAAGAGCUAAAUGAUGAAGAAGGCCAUCGGUGCUAUCCACUUAAUGGACAUUUGCUGUGCCACACCUGUCACCUUAAGCACCUUGAGGGUGGCACAGUGCCAACAGGUGCCUUCAGAAUUACUAAGCCCUGUACCUAAACUGUCCAACAUCAUGAUGAACCAUGCUAAAGAAUCAGGACAUCUCCAUUUUGGGGGUUAGCCUUGAGUCUGCAAUGGAGACUGCUUCAUUUUGUCAGUGUAUUGUGACAUUGACCAACAGAGACUGGAUAACAGCUGAAUCUUGCUGCGGUGAAAGGUGUUUCUCUCAGUGCCUUACCUCAAAAAAGUCAUUGGUUUACUUCACAGAAAAAAUACUGUUUCAGAUCAGUAAUUAAUCUGUCUGGUUUUGUUUACUGUAUAAUAAAUAAAUUGAUGCUUCUUAUGA